GGGAGGGAGUGUUGAGAUUCUUAAUUUUAUAAUAAUAAAUAAUAUUUAUACAGUGUUUAGAUUAAGGCGGUCUUGUCGUGUGGGUCCCAUAAGAGCAUUACGUGGCUUACGGCUCCGUCGUGGCUCUUUGGCUGACACGUAUGAUUUAAAGAUCGUACAAGUAGCUGUUUGGUGUUGGGAGCAAAACAUUGAAUCUGUCAUAUUGUCCCAUCACUGUCCUCGCUGCGACCGCCGUAACAAGGACACGUCAGUCAAUACACGAAAAAUCUGGAUCAGUGGAGACCUCGCUUCCACUGCUCCUCCGGCCUACCAGAUCACUGACCACCCCUCUUGUAAGUUUGUAACCACGGGCCAACGUGGGUUGAAGGUUUAAUCUCGGAGCUCCACGUGGAAAGAUGGGACGAAGUUGUGCUCCUCCUCAGGCACAUCAUACCUGAACUUACCCAGCAUGAUCACAUAAACAAUCCGCAUCCGGCCGUUCAAAACCCAUUAACGGACUCCACGCAUCACGGCAUCCGUUACCCUCGUCCGAUAAUAAGCACCGCACGAUCUGCAUCGAAAGGUGAACGCCGCUGCAAAUCCGAUCUUGCGAUCCGAUUGCCACGGAAAUCGGCAGUCUGUCAUUGAAAUCGAACGAGAUUACUGUUGAUGAUCGGAAAGAGGAGUCGAGGGCGAGCUAUUUGGCGUUUCUUGUAGGAUUUUUGGUGGAGAUUUGAGAGUGAUGGGAGUAUCAGGAGAUGAGAAGAGGGGAGCGGGGAACUGAACGGGCGCGGAAGGUGUGGGGAGCUACGGCUGCGGUGGAGAUAGGGUCAAGGGUGUUCCCGUUGCGUGGCCCCCUGGGGCCGAUGCCGUCGGUCGGUACGAGGCGUUCUACCAGGGUGUUCGUGCCCAAGGCUGUUGCCAAACCUGGAGGUUCCGGUAGGAACCUCCGCUCCGGCAAGCGCGUUGCCCUCUCUGAACACCUUGGAAAAAAGUCUGAUCGGGACGCUGAUGAAUGGUUUGGGGUUUUUGGAGGCAACGGCGGUGAGGCGGGCUUGCGUUGGUGGAGAUCGGAUGAAGAGGCCGAGGACCUAUCGGAAGCGGAUUCGAUCUCGAUCGAACAAGUUGCUGAUCAGUCGUCAGAAUCUGCUUGUCUCGAGGCGUUGGAUAACAUGCCUGAUCGGAAAUUAUUUGGGAUCGUGUUCAGCCGGAAGCGGAAGAGGUCGCGGUUGGAGAAGGAUUCGAGCGACAGAAAGUAUGGAAUCGUUUUUACGCGGAAACCGAGAAAGAAAAGGCUAAAGUGGGCAUCUUUGGUGGAGGAGAUCUUGGAAACAAGAGAAGCAAGAAUAAGUGAGCACUAUGAUGUUCUUAGUGGAAUUGCAACUACAGACUGGGGGCUCAGGAUAGGGGAUUCUGCGCGGGAUUUCGCGGAAAAGGUGGGCAUUAUUGAAGGGGAUGUCGUAUUUCGUUCUUGUCAUCCAUUGAUGCUCACCGUGCUCAUAGAUUCUGGUCGGAGUAGCUCAUCUCACUUUGCCGCUUUCUUUUCCUUAGUGCUGAGAUGGCUGGGGAGGGCUGAACAGAGAUUUCAAGAAUUCGUAUCCUUUCUGUUCUCCGGAUCAAUUGCUAAUGUUUUCUCUCGUCAUGGCAUUCAUUUCUUGCCCCUUGAGCAUUUGAAAUUUGAGGUUUUUCCCAGGGGAAGUGGUUCUCCUUGCGGACUUUGCUUGAUAUACGGUUCUUCGGAUUUUGUACCCCUUGUUUCUCUUGAUUUUUCUGCCCUUCCUACUUAUUUUAAAAGUCUGCACCUGAAGAUCGCCUUCAGUUCUCUAUAUGUGCCUUCUUGUUUGCGGAUCUUUCUGAGGGCGUUGAAUGGUAAGGUCCGCAAUGUUGGUGGGUUUGAAGGUAAUGAUUCACAAGUUCCUUUGGAGUCAAGUUGUUCUGGAAAUGAGUUAGGGGCUAGUGCGCUUCCUAUAGUAAAGAGGGACAUGGCCUCUGGUACUUUUAAGCCAAUGCCAAUGGUUGGACGAAAUGCUCUUAUUGUGCAUGGUUUGAGAAUGAUGAAACAUCAAAGAAAACGCAGUUCCCUAAGGCACUCAAGGAUCUGGAAUCCUUCUCCGCUAGAGUUGCGUGGUGGUGCGUUGAGCUCUGAUCAGAAUGGUUCACGUAUGAAACCUCAUCAAGCCAAUGGCAAUGUACUUAGUUGUAGAGAAGGUAUUGAUGUCUCAAGUCCUCAUGGUUCCAAUAAGAGGUUGAGUAAGUCAGUUAAGAGGAGCACUGCUGACCGAAUUAAGGAAAUAAGGAUGAGGGCGGCCCUUGCAAAUGUGAAGGACAACAUUGAUUCUGAACGGUGUAAUGUGAAUAUCCUGGUUACCACAGCUGAUCGAUGUUGGAGGGUAGUAGGUGCAGAAGUGAUGCUGGAAUUGUCUAGCACAAAUACAUGGUGUUUGGCAGUGAAGUCACAGGGCUUUGUACAAUACAUGCAUAAGCCACAGGAGUUACGACCCCCUGUUGUUAACAGGUUUACUCAUGAUUAUAUGUGGAGUGGUGAAGAAGGUUGGAAGCUUGAGUUCAUCGAUAGGUGGGACUGGCUUGUAUUUAAAGAGCUGCAUGUGGAAUGCCAACAACGUAAUGUUGGGGAUGUUCCUUCAAAAGUUAUACCUGUGCCAGUUGCUCAAGAGGUUCUAAGUUAUGAAGAUGACACAUCGGCUUUGUUUUCACGUCCUGAUGCGUAUAUCAUGAUGAUGGCUGAUGAGGUUGAGAGAGCUAUGACAAGCGAAGUUUCCUGUUAUGAUAUGGAUUCAGGGGAUGAAAAGUGGCUUGAGCAGCUAAAUGCCAGGUCUCUCAGUGCUGAUCUUGAUCUCCCAUCAGAUGAUAACUUUGAAAAGAUUAUAUUUGCUUUAGAAAAAGAAGCUUAUAGUCAUCCUGAUGACAAUUUUGAUUUGGAUAAGGCCCUGCAUAUUUGUCAAGGUUUAGGAAAUAGGGAUUUGGUGGCAGCUGUUUAUGAUUAUUGGUUAGAAAAGAGGAAACAGAAGGGUGCGGCAUUGGUUAAAGUGUUUCAGGGGCAACCUGUGAGGAGACCAAGGCUUCUGCAGCAACAUUUCCUUCGGAAGAAGAGAUCUUUUAAGAGACAACGGAGCCAAGAUGGAAGAGGCAGGAUAGAUUAUUUCUUUGAAGAUGGUGCAAAACAAGAGGCACAUCGCAGGGUCCAGGACGCGGAAGCUGCAGCUAAAAGAGCUGUUGAUGCUGCCAUCCGGUUGCGCUCUAGAGCACAAUUAUACAUGGCUAAUGCAGAACUAGCAGCCUACAAGUCUGCCAUGGCUUUGAAGUUAGCAGAGGCCAUCAGCGUGUCGGCUUCACCAGAUCUUACAUCUUCCAUUCUUGAAUGAACACUCUAUUACAAGGUUGAUUCCUCCAGGAGCUGAAGUGAGGGGAGAAGGCAAUAAUGGAUGUUUCUUUCUUUAUUUCUUUUACUAUCUUUUUGGUCGCCAGGAUUUUACGGUCAGGCUGAUUUUAGCCGCAGUGGCUCCUUAAAUUUUUUUUUUUCCCAAAGCCAUUCUUGAGGCCAAGAUGCGGAAUUUAUGCACAUAAAAAUGCUCUGUAUUUUUGUAUAAAGGUUAGAUCCUUAGUAGUUUUGUACCUUGUAUUAUUGCCUAAUCAAUUUGUAAACUGAAUCCUUGCGAUUCUGCAGCACUCAAGCCCUUAGAUGGAAAAA